AUGAAAAUUCAUAAAAUAUUUAAAAAAAAAUAAAUUCAAAAAUAAUAAUAAUAAUUAUAAUAAUCUAAAAAAACAGAUAGAUAACAUACUCCAAAAUCAACAACUAAAUAAAUGUUUACCUCUCCAAAUUUUAAGUAACUGUAAGGUAGCAUAAUAAAUAAAAUGAAACCAACAUUUGAGAAAGGGAAAUCAUUACCUUUUAAAAAAGAAAGUGCACCUGUAAAAUUAAAUAUUCAAAAUAACACUUCUAUUUCAACUGCUUAAAAAUCAAAUCGGAAACCUCAUUAGAAUUUAAUUACGAAGAAUGAAAUUCCUUUUCAAUAUGAAGAAUUCACAUUGUAGAGAAAUCAAAAUAAAAAUGUUUAAACUGAUGGAUUGUUUGUAAUUUUUAAGAUUAAUUAUUUAGUGUUUAGUAAAACCAAUAUUUUAGGAAUCGAAAUAUUAUUAAUCGUCAUUAAUUCAUUUUCAUUAUGAACAAGUAAAAUAAAAAUAAUCUCCUUAUAAAUAUUAUUUUGAAUUAGAAUACUCAUCAUAAAAUGAUAAAUUGAUGGAAUAUUUUAAGGAAUUAUUUUAAGAACAUUUCAUAUAAAAUUAUAAUUGUCUAUAAUAUUGCAAGAAAUACAGCUAAAAUAUUUAAAAGAAUCAUAAGUUUGAAUUUUUGCCUGGGUAAUCUCAAGAGAUUCAAACAUUAGUAUUUGAUUUGGAUGAAACUUUAAUUCAUUGUAAUGAUAAUAACAAUGAUCCUACAGAUUAUGUUAUAUAGAUAUAAUUACCAAAUGAAGGGACUGUAGAAGUAUUUAAAUAGUUUAAGAAAUAGGCGAGGAUAAAUAUAAGACCAUUUUGUUAAUAAAUGUUAAGACUUUUAUCAAGCAAAUUUGAAUUGAUGUUAUUUACAGCAUCUUAUCAAUAUUAUGCUGAUAAAGUACUUGAAUUAAUAGAUCCAGAGGGAACAAUAUUUUAAUAUAGAUUUUAUAGAGACAGUUGUAUAGAAGUAGAAGAUGGGUUAUUUGUUAAAGAUUUGAGGAUAAUUGGGAAUAGAAAAUUAGAAGUAAAACAACAGAUUAAUAUUUUAGAAUAUAUUACUAGUUGAUAAUGCAUCUUAUUCUUAUUGUUAUUAAUUAGAUAAUGGAGUGCCAAUAAUACCAUUUUAUGAUAAUAAAUAUGAUAAGGAAUUAAUAUUUUUAACAGACUAUUUAAUGGGAUUAAAGAAUUGUGAAUAAUGGGUAAAAUAAAACAGGAUGCAUUUUCGUACUUAUUUUUAUUAAAUAUGUACUAAUGGAGAAGAAUGUUUAAAAGAAUUAUUUUAAGCUCAUGAUAUUG